GAUCGGAAGGUGAUGGUGCUCGUGGACAAUGGGUCAUCACACAACUUCAUCAAUGUCGACUUGUCCCAUAAGCUGAACUUACCAACCACGAAGAUUGAGCCUUUUGAGGUACGAGUAGCCAAUGGUGAGAGGCUGCAAUACACUAAAUCUUUCCGGAAGGUGCCAAUCAUGUUCAGCGGAGUUACAGUGAAGGCUGAUGAUCUCUAUGCCUUACCUUUGGUUGGGCCGGACGUCGUCCUAGGAGUACAGUGGCUCGAAGGGUUGGGCAAGGUGACCACCGACUAUCGAAUAAGAAUUAUGGAGUUCAACUCCGGAGGUCAGCAAGUCACUCUGAGUACUGGCAAUAAAAAAGGUACCAAGGAAGUAGGACUUAAGAGCAUUGAGAAA